AUGCCUCUAGAUGUUACCAUUUAUUGUAUGUAUUUUAGCACUAUCACACAACGGUGCGCACCGUUGUCUGAUACGCAUAUCAGACGGCGUCUCGAUAGACCACGGUUUUCCGUGGUCUCAGACAACGGGCAAAAACCGUUGUGUGAUGCUGAAUCUGUCGUAGUGUCUUUACUUCCACAAAAUGUAAAAUCCUCACCAAGAACCGAGGCAGAAGCUCUUGUCGCAUGGAAGAACAGUUUAUUGCCAUCUUCUUCACUCGAUUCUUGGUCCAUAAGUAAUCUCCAAAACCUGUGUAUAUGGAAUGGCAUUACCUGCAAUGCUGCAGGAACGGUUUCUAAGCUCAACAUUUCCACUCAAGAAAUCAACGGAACGCUUGCUCAUUUCAGUUUCACUUCAUUUCCAAACCUCACUUCCUUAGACUUGAGCAUCAACAAAUUUUCAGAUGGUAUUCCAGUACAGAUUGGAAAUCUAAAACAACUCAUGUACUUGAGCUUUUACGGCAACUAUCUUAAUGGAACCAUUCCUUACCAAAUUAGUCAUCUACAGAGAUUACAGUAUUUAGACUUGGGAUCAAACUUCUUGGUCGAUCCAAACUGGUCCAUGUUUCUGGACAUGCCAUUCCUGACACACCUCAACCUAGAAUUCAACCAACUUGCUUUAGAAUUCCCAUCAUUUUUGAUAAGUUUAGGGAAUUUAACUUUUCUCGAUUUGUCUUUGAAUAAGUUGACAGGCUCUCUACCUGAAUCAGUGUUUGCGCAUUUGGCUAAUCUUGAAUUUCUCAGUCUAACUGAUAAUUUAUUUGAAGGGCCAUUGCCAAGAUAUCUUUUUAAACUUUCCAAGCUCAAAGAACUCCACCUAGGAAGGAACAAGUUCUCAGGUACUGUUUCUGAUAGUUUAGGUCUUUUACAUAAUCUUCAAGUUCUUGAGUUAUAUAACAAUUCAUUGGGGGGAAAUAUUCCUGCUUCUGUAGGUCAACUUAAGGAGCUUCGAAAACUUAAUCUCAAAGAAAAUCAGUUGAAUUCUAGUAUUCCUCCUGAGCUUGGUUUGUGUACCAAGCUCAAUUUCUUGUCUUUAUCUGGUAACUCGCUUACUGGGACUUUGCCCUUGUCCUUUUCAAAUCUGACACAAAUUUCUGAUCUAUGUCUAUCGAAUAAUUUUCUGUCCGGUAAGCUCUCACCUCAAUUCUUCAGCAACUGGACUCAAUUGAAAUCACUGCUGAUUGGCAAUAAUACCUUAGUUGGUGAUAUUCCUCCUGAAAUUGGUAUGUUGGCAAAUCUCAACUACCUCAGUCUGUAUAGUAAUAGUCUCACAGGACCGGUUCCCAGAGAGAUUGGAAAAUUGAAAGGGCUUAUGAUUUUAGACCUGUCGCAAAACCAUCUAUCAGGUUCAAUUCCAACAACAAUCGAGAACCUUACCAAUUUGGCAGCCUUGUUUUUGUUCUGCAAUGAUCUUAGUGGAAAGUUAGCUCUGCCAGGAAACCUCGAUAUCAACAAAAAGCAAUUGUAUGGAUCAGUGGAGGUGCCUGAUUCCAGUGCUGAUUUUAGUAGCUUGCAGAUACUAUUACUUCAUUCCAAUCGAUUUUCAGGCAGCAUACCAGAGGACAUUGGGAAAACUAAUCCCAACUUGACUUAUGUUGAUUUAUCAAAGAACGACUUUUCUGGAUCGAUUCCCCUGUCCUUGGCCAACUGUAAGGAACUGAAGAUUCUGGAUCUUGGAAACAACAACAUAAAUGAUACAUUUCCACCAUGGCUACCUAGCCUUCCGGAGCUUAAGAUCCUGGUCUUGCGAUCUAAUCGUCUUCAUGGCAACUUAAAUUUUACCAAGAUAAAAUAUCCAUUCCCCAGGUUGCGAAUCAUGGAUCUCUCUCAGAAUCAGUUCAGUGGGCACCUGCCAGUCAAUUUUUUUGACAAUUUAAAAUCUACGGCCUCAUCUGAUGAAUUUAAUAUGAAUACAUUAAUUAUGGGAUCAUAUUACCAGGCUUCUACUUCACUGAUUAUCAAGGGAAAGGAGGUCCAAGUGUAUAAAAUUCUCAAUAUCUACACAAGUGUAGAUUUAUCAAGCAAUAAUUUUUCUGGCAAACUUUCAGAGGUCUUCGGAGAACUUAUAUUACUCCGGCUGCUCAACAUAUCUCACAACCAUCUUACAGGCCGAAUCCCAUCCUUGCUGGGAAAUCUGAGUCUUCUUGAAUCGCUAGAUCUGUCUUCGAACCAAUUGACAGGUACAAUUCCAUGGCAAUUGACUAGUUUGACUUUUCUUUCAGCCUUGAAUCUCUCAGAAAACAAUCUUUCUGGAGAAAUUCCACAUGGGAGGCAAUUCGACACGUUCAGUAAUGACUCCUUCUUAGCUAACAUGGCCUUGUGUGGUGUUCCUUUGACAAAGAAAUGUAAAAGUGAUGAAAUGCCAACACGAGAAGUUGAUGAUGAGGAAGAUCAAUUCACAUGGAAAAUGAUCGUAAUGGGGUAUGGAUGUGGACUGGUAUGCGGAUUGUCCACAGGAUACAUUGUUUUCAAAACUGGAAAACCUUGGCGGUUUGUGAAAUUCAUUGAAGGAGCUCAGCAAAAGUUGAUAAGAACUGCCACGAAGAACACACGAGUUUUACCAUUCGAGUAACACGUGUUCUGAAUCACACUCAGCAUACAGAGAUCCUAAUAAUGUGCAAGUAUAAGUUGUGCAGUCCUGCAGUUUAUGUUCUAAUAACGAACUCAUUUGAGUUCCGAAGUGCAUGUAA